UUCUUUCUCCUAUUUCUAGGGUUUAUACCUUUCAAUUUUCUCUCUUCUAACCUAACAACACAUUCAAUUCAUCUUUCUUCAUCUCUUCCUCAAUUUUCCAUCAAUCCUGGGAUCCUGGGCUACGCAUCUUCGUCUUCUCUCUAACAUCUCUGUUUCUUCCUCCGAUUCAGGCUCGCCAUUAUCGUAAACAUUCAUAUAUUAUUCAUGAUGGACCGUGGCAAGAGAUUCCAGAAACUUCAAUACGUCCCUAAAGGAACUAUAAAAGGAACUACAAGUCAUAGUCAGCAGCGGAAGGAUGAAGAUGUGGUUUCUAGAAAAGAUUGUAUCUCAUCCGUUUCAACAUCAUUUGUGCCCUCCUCUGGAGACGAUGCUGGCGUUGCAGGUGUGAAUGAAUCAGAAACUCUGCCUUGUUAUGCAUCAGUCCCAACAUCUAUUGGUGUGCAGAGCCAAACGGUCAAGGGUUCUGUAAUUGCAAAAACUCAUCCAAAAUCCCCUGGUCCAAUGAAGCCGAAUAACUUCAAGUCUACACAUAGAAAUGAGAGUUUAACCAGCACAAUAUAUAAGCCCGUGACUAAUACAGAAAAAGAUAUCAAAAUUAUAAACAAGGCUCCUCAUGUGCAUUCUAAUUUUACAGCAGCUACCUCUCCAACUACAUAUCAGCAGCACGUAGGAAAACUUUCAUCUUCAGACACCUCAGGAUGUCAUAUGUUUCCCCCCACAAACUACAGGCAAAAUUCUUCUGACUACAUUCGAAAUACCUCUUCUACCAACAGACCAAAUGGGAGAGUAUCUAGUUUAAAUGAUCGACCUGUUUCAAAUGACAAAUUUAGGAAUGGAGAAUCUGAAACGUCAAAGGAAAUGACUCGGGGACCUCGGGGUCAUUACAACUAUUUUCUUCUACCACCAUCUAUUGUUAAUGAUGAGUUUGAAACCACAAUGUCUAGAGACCAAUAUAACCUGUCAGAUUUCCAAACUGAAUACGAAACUGCUAAAUUUUAUGUGAUUAAAUCUUUUAAUGAAGACGACGUUCAUAAGGGUGUUAAAUAUAAUGUUUGGACAAGUACUCCAAACGGAAAUAGGAAAUUGAACACAGCGUACCUUGAUUCAGAAGCUAAAUUGAGACAGACAGACACGAAGUGUCCAGUAUUCCUUUUCUUCUCAGUUAAUGCUAGCGGACAGUUUGUUGGAGUGGCUGAGAUGCUUGGGCCGGUGGACUUUAAAAAAGACAUGAACUUUUGGAAACUUGACAAAUACAAUGGUUUCUUCCCAAUUAAGUGGCACAUAAUAAAAGAUGUUCCCAACAACCAGUUUGUGCAUAUCAUUCUUCCAAACAAUGAGAACAAGCCUGUAACUUUCACUAGGGACACACAAGAGAUUGGACUGAAGGAAGGUCUGGAGAUGCUGAAUAUUUUCAAAAAUUAUUCGGCUAAGACAUCUCUCUUGGAUGAUUUUGACUUUUAUGAGAACCGAGAAAAGUUAUUUCGUUCUGAGAAGAAAACUAUGCAUACAAGGCCAGAACAGGGAGCAUAUGGUAAUGCCAAUUACCAAAAUACUUUCAGGGCAAGAGAGAAGAAAACAGAGAUUCAAUCGAGUGCUGCCGUGCAAGGUAGUCUGGUCAAACUUACAAAGAAUCUUUCUCUCAAUUCCUCUGGAAAACAAGGAUUCAGAUAGCAAGAUUAGUGGAGGGCCAGAGGAGAAAACAGAGCCGAUGAUAUUUACUUGUGCUAGUAGGCAUUUUAGAGUUACAGACAUGCAGUUAGACUUUCUUAGUAUUAUAUGACCAUGAUUUGUGUGAUAUGCUCACAAGAUAACCACGACCACAUUUUAUAUUACUUGGUUUGCCAUUCGCAAACGAUCUUUAAAAUGAAUCUAUUGAGGUAUGAAUUUA